UUUGUCUCCUCACAGGCCAACCCUGCUCCCAUAAUCGUGAACACAGACUCGCUGGAACAAGGGCUCUCUGUGAACGGCAGCGAUGGGAUGUUUAAAUACGAGGAGAUUGUGCUGGAAAGGGUAAGUGCUCGGCCACGCUCCCACUCGUGCGGCUCGUGCCAGGGCAAUGGGAGCUCGGGAUGGAUGGGGCUUUCCCGGGAAGCGGCGCGUGGCCAAUCCGUGCGGGAGGAGAGGAGGGAUGCGGAGGGGCCGGCGGAGCGGGGGGGCCGCGCUGUUGCAGGUGCCGUCAUCGCCCUCCUCCUCGUGGCUCCCGGGUGGGUGGCGGGCCUGGGCUUCAGCAUCGCCGGGGGGAUCGGGAACCAGCACAUCCCCGGGGACAACAGCAUCUACAUCACCAAGAUCAUCGAGGGCGGCGCGGCGCAGAAGGACGGGCGCCUGCAGAUCGGCGACCGGCUGCUCGCGGUGAGCGGGGGGACCCGGGGGGACCGCGCGGCGUUUUCAGCCUUGCCCGACAACCACAUAAGCCAUAACUCCAGCCUGGGCUACCUGGGCAGCGUGGAGAGCAAGCCCCCCUACCCCGUCGCGCCGCAGGUGACUCCGUCCAGGUACUCGCCCAUCCCUCGACACAUGCUCGGGGACGAGGACUUCACCAGGGGUGGCACCGCGGUGACAGCAGCGGGCGAGCUGUCCUCCAUGGAGAACAUUGGAGAUCACAUCCAGGAGCCCCAGCCCCCCGAGCCCGUCCUGGUGGUAUUUGAGCUGGUCGCGGGGCUCUCCCGGGGGCAUUUCCAGCUGGUCGCUGGCGCUGCCAUGCCGGGAGCACGGGGAGAGCAGUCGCGUGCAGCACCCGGGACGGCAGCGCUGCCGGGGUCCGCCGGAUUGUGCAUCAGCCGGAGGAUCCGCAAGGAUCGUAUCCUGCCUCCCUGCAUGGGAACUGCGAGCCGGGACAGCGCGAGGGACCGAGGUGACACUGGCUCCGCGCUGACCUUGUCCCUGUCCCGGCCGUCCCUUCUCCCCGUGGCGCGCUCAGGGCGAGGGUCUCCGGUGCCGGCGUGGGAUGCACGAGUAGGGGACGGUCCCUCUGCUCCGCGCGCGCCGGCGCUGACGCUGCCCCUCUCCGCAGAGUACAGCCGCUUCGAGUCCAAGAUCCACGACCUGCGGGAGCAGAUGAUGAACAGCAGCAUGAGCUCCGGCUCCGGCUCGCUCCGCACCAGCGAGAAGAGAUCCCUCUACGUCCGAGCCCUGUUCGACUAUGACAGGACCCGGGACAGUUGCUUGCCCAGCCAGGGGCUCAGCUUCUCCUAUGGGGACAUCCUCCACGUCAUCAACGCCUCCGAUGACGAGUGGUGGCAGGCGAGGCUGGUGACGCCGCACGGCGAGAGCGAGCAGAUCGGGGUCAUCCCCAGCAAGAAGAGGGUGGAAAAGAAGGAGAGAGCGCGGUUGAAAACAGUGAAGUUCCACGCCAGGACUGGCAUGAUAGAGUCCAACAGGGACUUCCCUGGGUUAAGUGACGAUUAUUAUGGAGCAAAGAACCUGAGUAAGUCGCAUCUCGGCGCGCAUCGCUCCCUGGGCAUGGCUGCUGCCCCCGGCCGGGUGCUGGGGCCCAGGACGCCGUCCCGCUCCGGUGGCGGCUCCGGGACGUGUGCGGGAUGGGACACGGUGGCUCUGCCGUGCCCUGAGCGCACGCGACUGCCCGCGGGAGCCGGCCUCCUCCCGCUCGAAGGCUGGAUGUGUUGGAGGGGCAAGCACUGCAUCCUGGAUGUAUCUGGCAAUGCUAUCAAGAGGUUGCAACAAGCACAACUUUAUCCCAUUGCCAUUUUCAUCAAACCAAAAUCUAUCGAAGCUCUCAUGGAGAUGAACCGGAGGCAGACGUAUGAACAGGCGAACAAGGUCUUCGACAAAGCCAUGAAACUCGAGCAAGAGUUCGGAGAGUAUUUUACAGCCAUCGUACAAGGAGACUCUCUCGAAGAAAUCUACAGCAAAAUCAAACAGAUCAUCGAGGACCAGUCCGGGCACUACAUCUGGGUCCCGUCCCUCGAGAAACUCUGAAGAUGUCCCGCAUCUGCUUCCCCAUGAGCAGAAGAUCUCCGAAGUCCCACCCCACCCGAGCCCUCUGCCCCAAGGGGGGGAUGUGAAAACUAUUCCUGCCCCCUUUUUUAGAUCGUCGCAAAAUUGAGUUUUCUAGUCCUGUUUCUUUUGUUGGGAUGAACUGAUCUCAUUCAUCACGUGACUGUUCCCACCAUUCCUGCAUGGACCUUCCCAUUGCUCCAUUAGAGACAGAUGAGAACCCAUUCAAGAGUCGUUUUUUAUUAUUAUUAUUAUUAUUAUUAUUAACUAAACCAAGAAUCAAGAUGGGAGGAGGCGGCUAAGGACUAAUGUAAGACACAAGUGACGCAGUGGACUCUGAGAACACGAGCUAGUCCCAGAGCUCCAGGGGCAAUUUUCCAAGCGUGACUGUCUAGCAGCUCUGAACAGCGCGACAGAAAGGCAGCAGAAAGCAUUUUAUUUAUCUGUAUAUGUAAUUUAUAUAUAAUAUAGAGAGAGAUAUUAUAUAUAUAUUAUAUAUAUAUAUGUGUGGGCUAGGAAAC